CCUUCGUGAGCGGUGGCGGUGGCGGCUCAAGAUGUCGAUCGAAAUCGAGUCUUCCGACGUGAUCCGGCUGAUCAUGCAGUACCUGAAGGAGAACAGCCUCCACCGAGCCCUCGCCACCCUGCAGGAGGAAACUACUGUGUCCCUCAACACUGUGGAUAGUAUUGAGAGCUUUGUGGCUGACAUCAACAGCGGGCACUGGGACACAGUGCUGCAAGCCAUACAGUCGCUGAAGCUGCCCGACAAGACCCUCAUUGAUCUCUACGAGCAGGUUGUGCUGGAGUUGAUUGAGCUCCGGGAACUAGGUGCUGCCAGGUCUCUCCUGAGACAAACAGAUCCCAUGAUCAUGCUAAAACAAACUCAGCCAGAGCGGUACAUCCACCUUGAGAACCUUCUCGCCAGAUCUUACUUUGAUCCUCGUGAGGCAUACCCAGAUGGAAGUAGCAAAGAGAAGCGGAGAGCUGCUAUUGCACAAGCUUUAGCUGGAGAAGUCAGCGUGGUACCUCCAUCUCGUCUUAUGGCGUUGUUGGGGCAGGCACUGAAAUGGCAGCAGCAUCAGGGCCUGCUUCCUCCUGGUAUGACAAUUGACUUGUUCAGAGGCAAAGCAGCUGUGAAGGACGUGGAAGAAGAAAAGUUCCCCACGCAGCUGAGCAGACAUAUUAAGUUUGGGCAGAAGUCGCAUGUGGAGUGUGCUCGGUUUUCCCCAGAUGGACAGUAUCUCGUUACUGGCUCUGUUGAUGGUUUCAUUGAAGUAUGGAACUUCACUACUGGAAAGAUUAGGAAGGAUCUGAAGUACCAGGCACAAGAUAAUUUUAUGAUGAUGGAUGAUGCAGUGCUGUGCAUGUGCUUCAGCAGAGAUACAGAAAUGCUAGCAACCGGAGCACAAGAUGGAAAGAUCAAGGUGUGGAAAAUCCAGAGCGGUCAGUGUCUGAGAAGAUUUGAACGAGCACACAGUAAAGGUGUUACAUGUCUCAGUUUCUCUAAAGACAGCAGCCAAAUUCUUAGUGCUUCUUUUGAUCAGACAAUCAGGAUUCAUGGUUUAAAGUCUGGGAAAACUUUAAAGGAAUUCCGUGGUCAUUCUUCCUUCGUCAAUGAAGCUACUUUUACCCAGGACGGCCACUAUAUUAUCAGUGCAUCCUCUGAUGGCACAGUGAAGGUUUGGAACGUGAAGACGACAGAGUGCUCAAACACCUUCAAAUCUCUUGGCAGCACUGCUGGGACAGACAUUACUGUGAACAGUGUCAUUCUGCUGCCUAAAAACCCAGAACACUUUGUUGUUUGCAACAGAUCGAACACAGUCGUCAUUAUGAAUAUGCAAGGACAAAUUGUAAGAAGUUUUAGCUCUGGUAAGAGAGAAGGUGGUGACUUUGUCUGCUGUGCGCUUUCACCUCGUGGUGAAUGGAUCUACUGCGUUGGUGAAGAUUUUGUGCUCUAUUGCUUUAGCACAGUGACCGGCAAGCUGGAGAGAACUCUGACUGUUCAUGAAAAAGAUGUCAUUGGCAUUGCUCAUCACCCCCACCAGAACCUGAUUGCGACUUACAGUGAAGAUGGCCUCCUCAAGCUCUGGAAACCAUAGCUUGAUUUUACAGUGAGCUAUGAAGUGUGCUUGUUAGUUGCAGGUUAUUGGUGUUUGUGCUUGAACAAGGUCUAAAUGCACAGAGUGUGAUAUCUGCUCAAUUUUCAGUUCAGGAUUCCAGAGAAUGACAUUUUUACUUCUUGGUCUAAAGUUAGGUAGAUUGAUGCUUAAAUAUAGCAUCAGUUAAUUUCAAGUACUUUUAUUUUUACCAGAGUAGCUGAAGCAACUUCAAUGAGAGUGUUUUUUCUGUCUCCUGAAGUCUAUACUCUUCCUACAGUGUUUAUAAAAGUUGAAUGAGCUAGGAACUAUACACACUUACAAGUGGUUGCUGACUUCCUAGAAUACAGUAAAAUGCUUUUUUUAUUUGAGUGAAUUAUGUGGAAUGGGAAAGCUGUCUCUUCUCCACUGCUGAAACAAAGGCACAGUUUUCGUGGAAUGCAGAUGAAGCUAGUCUGUCCUCAGCUUGAAGGCAGAGGCUUUUCAAGUCCAGUGGGUUUUGCUGUGUUCAAUUUUCACUAUAAUUUUUCCAAUUAUACAUAUAGUGUAUGUAGUGUCGUACAUAUACACAGUGGUGUUACACAGCUUCCUCAGAACAAAACUAUUCUUCCCCAUCUCUCAGCACUUCCUGCUAUAAACCUGCCUAAUGCAGCAGUGAGAUAUAGGGGGGGGGUUGUUUCGUUUGGUUGGUUGGUUGGUUUUGUG